AUGAUGAACAAUGAGGAAGAUGAAGAGGAAGGCUUGGACAAGGGUCUGGGAGAGGUGGUUUUAGAGGAACUUGUUUCCAGUGUGGAGAAGAAGGGCGUUGAGCCUUCAAAUGUCCACAACAAUGACCACAAGGUUUUGGUCUAUGAACGGUGCUUGGUGAAAUUAAAGAUUGGAAGUUACCAUGAUGAGGUACUCUAUGACAUCAUACCCAUGGAUGCAUGUCACAUGUUGUUAAGGAGGCUAUGGAAGUUUGAUAGUAGUGUUGUACAUGAUGGUUGUGCUAAUACCUACACCCUAACAAAGGAUGGAGUUUGCCAUAAGCUGAAGCCUCUGAAGGAGGUGGAAGAAAAGGUAUGUAGUAAUGCCAGAAUAUGUUUUAUUGAUGGAAGAAAAUUUUUGGAAGGCAUGAAACAUGAAUCUGUGUGUUUUGUGUUAAUUCUGAGAGUGGAUAAAGAAGAUAGUGAAGAGGUGCCUGUAGAGGUUUCUGGUUUGUUGAAUGAAUUUCAAGAUAUUGUGUCCGAAAAUGUACCUGAGGGUUCACCACUUGUGAGGAAGUUCGGUCUUCACAUUGACUUGAUCCCUGGAGCCAGUUUGCCAAAUAAGGCAGCCCAUAGAAUGAAUCCAGCAGAAAAUGAAGAGUUAAACCGACAGGUUCAAGAGCUGUUGAGAAAAUGA